GUGACGGGCGUGACGGUGAUGGUGGUGGGGGUGUGGUGCGUGGCGGGGGAUGGGCGUGACGUCAUGCUAGCCCUGGCGCCCACACCCGCCCAUAUGCCCACUCUCAUCCACCUGGCGUACGGACUGGUGGGCGCGGGGGGCGUGGUGCUCCUGACCUCCGUGCUGGGCGUGUGGGCGGCCUUCAAGGAAAACCAGUGUGGACUUGGAUUGUACGUGACGUUGGUGGUGAUGGUGAUUGCUGGAGAGGUGACGGUGGGGAUCAUGGGAGUCUUAUAUCAGAUCAAAGUGGUGGAGAACAUGGCAGCCUCCCUCACUGCUCGCCUCAGGACUCACUAUGCCUCACCUGGCCAUGAAACCUUUACCUUGGCCAUCGAUUACGUCCAGUACCAGAUUAAAAGCGUUACCCCUGAGGCUACCCAGCUGACCAACUCCCAAACAGAAAACGGUAUUGUGAAAGUCUUGGGACACGAAUGA